ACACAGAAGAUGAAGAAGAAAAAGAAGAAGAAGUAGUAGUAGUCCACUUUGUUAUUAGAGAGAAACGGAUGCUGCUUUGUUGAAGGAGAGAAUGGCCUCCUCUUCUGAGUCCUUUCCUAGAGCUCUAAUUUACUUCCACAACCUCAUCAAGAAACCACCAAGCCACCAAGAGGAAUGCAUCACAAUGCUGAAGCCAGAAGAGAUUAAAUGUGAGGAUGAGGUUUCUGAAAUCUCCAGUACUCAAACAUCAUCUGCUACAGGCUGCACAAACCCAUCACCAAGACAAACACAAAAAAAUACAGGCAAAGGAAAAAUUCACCAAUGCUCAGAGUGUGGAAGGAGUUUCAGUGCACAAUGUCAUCUCCAGAUACACCAGCGCAUUCACACAGGAGAGAGACCGUAUCACUGCUCAGAGUGUGAGAAGAGUUUUACUAAACUAAGUAAUCUGAAACAACACCUGCUUAUUCACACCGGAGAGAAACCAUUUCAGUGUUUAGACUGUGGAAAGAGGUUUACUGCACAGAGCCAUCUCCAAAGACACCAGCGCAUCCACACAGGAGAGAGACCGUAUCACUGCACAGAGUGUGGACAGAGUUUUAAUGUACAGAGUCAUCUCCAAAGACACCUGCGCAUCCAUACAGGAGAAAAACCAUUUCAUUGCUCAGAAUGUGGACAGAGCUUUACUAGACAGAGUCAUCUCCAAAUACACCAGCGCAUUCACACAGGAGAGAAACCGUAUCACUGCUCAGAGUGUGGGAAGAGUUUUAGAGAAAGUGGUACACUCAAGGCACACCAGCGCAUUCACACAGGAGAGAAGCCGUAUCAGUGCUUGGAGUGUGAUAUGAGUUUUAAUAGACUGAAUCAUCUGCAAAGACACCUGCGCAUUCAUGCAGGAGCAAAUUCAUAAUGCUGCUUUUACUGUGGGAGAGGCUUUAGGCCCUGGGUGCUCAAUCCUUGUCCUGGAGGUCUACCACCGUGGAGAGUUCAGAUCCAAUACACAUAGCUCUCAUAUUCAGAUGCUCCUGAAGGCCUUCAUUAUUUGGAUCAGGUGUGUUUGAUCAGAGGUGGAAAUAAGCUGUGCAGGGUGGUAGAUCUCCAGGAUGAGGAUUGGGCACCCCUGCUUUAUGCAUGUGAGUGUAAAGACACCAAAAUGCUUAAAGACAUUUCGAUAUAAUGUAAAACUUAAAUGUACCAUUUUUCAAGAUACAAAGAACUUAAGGAGGAUUUCCCCCACUUUUUAAAUAACAUUAUAAACUAGAAUGUUUAUUGUUUUAACAAAUUCUCUUGUACAGUACUAUGUAAAACUCAAAGACCACUCUUUGCUCAUUUCAUUUCAUUUCAUUUCAAGUAAAUAUUAUUUAUUUUUCAGUGGCAGGGGAAAACAGAAUACAUAUUUAACAGACAACUACACGAAAUCCUUAACAACUAAAUAUCAUUUUUUUGAGUAUUUAGUAUGUACACUACCUUUAUUACAGCUUCCAUUCUUUUAUGGAGACUUGCUUUUAGAUUUUCAAAGAAAUCAGCAAGUAUAUUUUUCUACACCUUUGCAAGCGUAAAGUUUUCACAUUUUCUGCUUCACAGUCAAAGAAAUGCUAGUUGGUGUCCCACUUUCAUCUGUACCUUUUUAAUCAUUUUUUAUUUUCUUUUUGGAAACUCAUGUUUUUUCCCUCUUUUUGACUAUCCCCUUCCUUUUUUGGCGUUUUAUGAUUAAUUUAAAUCUAAUCUGCAUAGAAAUAUUUUCCAGAAAUGUAUAACUUGUAGAAAAGCUGUGUUGCAUGUGAAUUUUCAGCCUGCUUUGUCCACUUCACUUCAUCAUACUGGUCUUCAUCUGGUGUCGUCAGGGGGAGAAGACAAGAAGAAAAAUAUCAAUGACAGCAAGUUACUGAGUAUAAGUGUUAGUAACCUCUCCCCAGUAGCCUCUGCAUGUCUUUUCUACACAGUGUACAGUUGUACACAUAAGAAGAUCACAACCUGAAUAUCUCACAUAUACAUACCGCAUGUAAUUAUAAUUAUGAUUCAAAACACUAGCAAAACAUCUUGUUAGCCAGUGGAAAACUUACUCUGACUGUAUCACCACAGUUGUGAGGACACACACAGCAACUGCAAACCUGCCAUUAACUUUUACCACCUGUCCAAUGAUGUGUUCUAAAGGGGGACUUUUCAGCCAUGUUAUCUUACAUUCAUGGACUUAAAUGGACUUGUUGAAAGAUGGGUUUCGGGACACAACACUGUUAAUACUUUGAGCUCCAUAUUCUUGAGGCAUUGGAUUUUUUAAAAUUAUAUUUCAACAGAUUUUAAACUCUGUUGUUCCUGCCGUAAUAAAUUUACGUUUCCACCCACAUUUAGCUUAGAUUCUCUCACAAUUGUCUCCAGAUGUGCCUCUUUACAUGUGGUCACACCUGGUCCUGUGACACUAUGUGUAAUGUGGAAGCUUCGUUGGCAGAAUUUAAUUAUUGAUGUUCUUUCAGCCCAAGAUGAAAUAUUUGUAAUGCUAUUGGCAAAUAAUUCAAUGUUCAGUGUUGUUCUUGUAUACUGGAUCAUUUCACAUGUGAUUUAAAGGGUUCCAUCUACUCACAGUGGGUGAUUUGACUGGUUGGCCUCCAAUUUAGAAACCCAGCAAUUAAAAAUAUUAAAUAUUUUAAAGAAAUUCUUAAAAAGACUUAGAAAUUGAGUGAUUGUGCACACUGGUGUAGUAUAGCAGGUCCUGUUUCAUUAUGUUUUAUUGUAUUUUUUCUGUUAUUAAUGAUGUUAGAUUUGCUGCGAUU